AUGGCGAGAGUUCUGUCUGUGGUGGCUUUGCUAGCUUUUGCUGUAGUUGGGCAGGCUGUGUCCCCAUCUACUUUUGUGACUUCUCAGGAUCGGGCUCGUCUCAAGUCUGUGUUUGAGGCAGCUGCUCCUUACCCCGACACACAGUCGGCAUAUUUUUCUAUUUCUGGCUUGAAAUUGCUCGGAGCUGCCAUUCCUAAUGCACAGGAUGCUUGCAAACAGAUCUCAAAGGUGAUCGAUGGUGGCAAUGUUGCAUCUAUUUAUUAUGCUGCCACUGCCGCAAGUGCUUUAGGGAAUUGCAAGAUUGAAGUUCCGGAGUUAAGGAAGACAUUAACCGAUGCCAUUAAAGAUGAUGCCAGUGUCCAGGAUAUUGUGUUUGCUUAUCUGGCACUGAAGAAUCUCGGACUACCUGUGGAUGAUGCUAGUACAAACAAGGCUUUGUUGGCAGCUUUGAAAACCGAUGAUUCCCCUCAAAGUCAUGGCUAUGCCUUCUUGGCUGCGGCUGAGCUCAGCGGAGAUGUCAGCAAGUUUGUGGACAACAUUGAAGAUGUGAUUGCCCAGGCUGAUGAAGUGGAUGAUAAAUAUUUACAGUUUGAAGGUGGGCUGUUUGUGACAUCGUUGGUGGUUGAUGGUGCUUACAGACUUGCAGAGAAGACCAAGAAAGCUCCAGCUGUGGCUCAGGACAAGGUUUUGAAGUUUACCAACUAUUUCCUGAGCCGCAAGCAUGUCCACCAGCUGAAGUCUGCAUACCACUUUUUGUCUGUGAUUAAAAUCCUGACUACAAAUAAGUUCCAUGUGCCGGUGGCUGUAUCUCGGGCAAGCCCAGUUGCUGUGACUCAGGCUGAACCUUCAGUUAAGGUAUAUGUGACAGAUCUCUUGGGAGGAAGCCUGGGUGAGAUGACAGUCACUGCAGAGAGUGCCCGACAUCUGGGAGAUGAUGCUGUUGUUCUCAGCAAAAAGCAGUUCACACCUGUUGCUUCUGACAAGUCACUGUUUGAGCUUAAUUUCCUGGAGGCAAAACCAGCUAAAGGAUUCUAUAAGCUGACCAUCAAUGUUGUACCCAAGAAAGCAGAUCCCAAGCUCAUUGGAAUCACUGGAGCAGAGGUUGAAGUGAAGGUGACAACCAAAGUCUCUGUAGAGAAUGUUGAAAUUGGAGUUGCUGACAAGGACCAAGCCACUGCUGCAAAAACUACCAGAUUGGUGUACCCAAAUAAAGCCACCAAUGUCCUGGAGGCUGACCACCACCAGAAGAUUGUCAUGAAGUUCCAGCUGAAGGAUAAGACCACUGGUCAGCUGUUGACAGCUCAUCAGACAUUCAUCCGACUGACCAAUCUCAACACAAAAGAGGAGAUCAUCUUCAUCACUGAAGCAGAUACAACUCUGACCAACAAGUUUGAUCUGGAUGUUGGGGCGAGUUCCAAAGAGUUUGAUUCUCUUUCAGGAAAGUACAGCAUGGAGCUGAUAGUUGGUGAUGCUGUUAUUGAGAACCCCUUCUCCUGGCAUUUGACUGAUGUCUCUCUCACAUUCCCUGAAGGUGGGGAAACCAAACCAGACAAACAAAGCCAGUAUGCCAAGAAACCAGAGAUUAAGCACAAGUUUAAUGAACCAGAGAAGCGACCACCAGCAACCGUGUCCUUGGCUUUCACUGGCCUGGUUUUGUUACCUCUCCUGAUUCUGCUCAUCUUGUGGAUCAGGAUUGGGGUGAAUGUCUCCAACUUCCCACUGUCUCUCAGUGCUGUAGGAUUCCACGUCUGUUUGGGCGCCAUAUUCGCACUCUAUUACUGCUACUGGGUGCAGCUAAAUAUGUUCCAGACCCUGCGCUGGCUGGGCAUCAUAGCUAUACCUACAUUUAUCUUUGGCAACCGCCUUCUAAGUGCGUUAGCUUCUAAGAGAGCUCUCUGGAUCGCCCCUGUGUCUGUGGUAGAGCCAGUUCACUUUGCCAUACAAUCAGAUCACAAGAGAAGCAGAAAACACAAGUAG